AUGACUGGACGGUACAACGAACUAUCUAAAGCACUUGAAACCCGACACAUAGACAUCUAUGCAGUGCAAGAAACAUGGUGGAGUGGAAACAAAUCGUAUGACAUUGGAUGCAGUUACAAGUUGAUGUAUAAGGGCAUACGCGGAUCAACUAGUGGCGUUGGCAUUAUAGAGUCAUCCAAGUUAGACAAUAAUAUCUCUGAAGUGCAAAGAUAUAAUGAUCAUGUGAUGAAGAUUGUGUACAUCACAGAUGGCAGAAAAAUCCACUUUUUCAGUGCUUAUGCUCCACAAACUAGCCAAGCAACUUCCAUCAAGGACGCCUUUUGGAGGAUGCUUGAUGCAAAGACUGCUGAAGUACCCCCAGAAGAUUACAUCAUCAUCACUGGUGAUCUGAAUUGGCACAUAUGGUGCAGAAAGGAAGAACAUACCGCUCACAGUGGGCAUGGAUUCGGAGAAAAGGAUGACGAAGAUCAGCAUAUUCUCGAUUUCUCUGAAGCUCAUAACCUGGCAAUUGCGAACACAUGGUUCAAAAAGCAUGACUCACAUCUAAUAACAUAUUACAGUGGCAUUAACGCCACGCAGAUCGACUACAUCCUCGUGAGAUGCCGUGAUCUCAAAGAUGUGCUUGAUGCACAGGUCAUCCCCUAUGAAACAGUUGCGACACAACACCGUCCAUUGAUCUGUAAGCUAAGAACCAAGCUGCCAACAAACAAGCACAUAGAUUGCACUGGACCUGUGAGAACCAGUUGGUGGAAAUUCAAGAAUAAGGAAGCCGCCAUCAUAGCCCGAAUUACUUUGUCACCAAUUACCACAGUUGAAGAAAGCUGGGAGAAAGUGAAAGAGUCUGCUCAGGAAGCUGCACAUGGAAAUCUUGGGACAACACAACCAGGACGACAGGAAUCGAUAGGGAUACAUGGCAUUGGAAUGACACCAUCAAAGACGCGGUACACACAAAGAGACCAUUGUAUCAUGAAUUGCUUGCCGAUAAAACACUGGAGCAAUGGAACGCAUACAGAACACCCAAAGAGAUGCAAAACAGGCUAUAGCAGCAACCAAAUCCUCACGUUAUGCUGA